AGAGGUCCAAUUUUAUUUACUGAUGGUGCCUUUAUGCAGACAGAUUGUUUUCUGAAAGUGUUUACUAUGAAAAUGUUUACAUGUAUACAGUCGUAGAGAGACUGGUUUCCUGAGUUAGUUUCUUUGCCGCUUACAGCUUUUAUUUUUCUUUAUUUUUGUAGGGCUGGGGACGGAACCCGGCAUCUCCUGCAUGCUAAGCAGGCAAUCUGUCAGCUAAGCAGCUCCCCAUGUUCCUUGGCCUUCAUUUUAAAAGUCCAGUUUAUUGAGGUGCAGUUUAUAUACAGUAAAGCUCACUCCCUUGAGGCCUAUUGUUAUGAGAAAAAUCAAACAGAAAGUUUUCAUUGCCCCACUAAGUUCCCUCCUUAUCUUUCUCAGUCCACCCUUCCCACCUCUGGCUCCCAGCAACUGCUGGCUUGCUUUCUGCUCCCACGGCUCCACCGUUCCCCGAAUGUCUAUAAAUGAUAAUAUAGUAUAUUAUAGCCAGGAGGGGGGCAGUGUAUAACUGUAAUUGCAACACUGAGGAGGUGGAAACAGGAAGAUCAGAAAUUCAAGGCCAAUCUCAGGUACAUAAAGAGUUCCAGGUCAGCCUGGGCCACAGGAGAUCCUGUCUGCAAAUAAGCAAAGAAACAAGAAAACUUUAUAUUCAGCUAAUACCUGAUCCACCAACCAACUAAGCCAGAGGCAGAUUAAUUUCUGUUAUCUUAGGCAAGCUGAAGAUUGGAAUUUGAUAGUCUCACUGGGACUCUCUUGAAAGCCCACAGGUCAGUGGUGUUGGUGCCAAGUGCUGGUCCACAGAUUCUCAGGUAUUAUUUGUUUGAGAUGGGGUCUUGCUGUGUAGCUCUGACUGGCCUGGAACCAGCUAUGUAGAACAGGCUGGUUUUGAACUCAAAGAGACCUGCCUGCCUCUCCCUCUUGUGUGCUAGAAUUAAAGGCCUGUGUUAGCAUACUUGGCUUGGUGCUAUGCUUUUUUUUUUUUUUUUAAACUGAAUAAAGAAACCAUUCAUUAUCUCAGAGUGAUUACAAAAAAAAAAGCCCUGGGGGCACACCCAGAAUUUUGUAGGGACAACAUACCUUUAGAGAAAAGCUAGAGCUACCCAAUGCUGUGGCUUGUUCUGUGAGGUAGUGAGACCAUGCCCUCUCUCUCUACCUCUACACCUGAUCCAGCUGCCUUGAUGGAGCAUACUCCUUAUUUUACAACUCCGGGAUCCCCCUUUAGAUUAAAGUCAUGUUGUUUAGAACUAUCCAGGAUUCUCAGAAACUUCUAGACACAGUAACAUGAUUGUGUGAGGGGUGGGACACAUACAUCAUACAUGGCCCUGGCUGUCCUGCUGUCCUGGCUUGCUAUGAGAUAUAUAUAUAUUAGAUAAAUACCAGAUUAUUUUGGAUUUUGCCAAUGCUGGUCUCAAACUCACUAUUCACCAAGGAUGACAGUCCCUCUUGCCUUCACCUCCUGAGUUCUGAGAUCUCAUAUGUGGAUCAACUAUUUUUAUUGGGUUGUCAGCUAUUACUCUUAAUUUAAUAAUUAGAGUGCUUGCCUAACAUCCAAGAACCUCUUGGUUCAAUCUACAGCACCCCAUAAUACCAAGGGUGAUCAUGGAACCUGUGACCUUGGUACUUGGGAGAUGGAUUAAAAAAUUCAUCACCAGUAACAGUGAGUUCGAGGCAAGCCUACGAUAAACUCCUCACAAAACAAACACAGUGUACUAGGCUAUACCAUGGGUAAACUCCUUUCUUCUGAAACCAGGAUCUGUGAUGUUUAUGUCAUGUCCUCUACACUUCAAAGAGUUCUCAGGGAAGCCAGGGAGCUAGAUAAGCGUCAAGACCCAAGGGAUUUUUCACUGCUGAGCUGCCUUCCUGGAACAGGGACACUGAGUCAGCCCAUCCUUCCACACAAGCAAGAGCUAAACCUUUUAAGGGUUAGAAUAACUUCAAGGCUAGACACGUGGAUUUGAUAGGUCAGAAAGAGAAGCAAACAGAAAGAAAGGAAGGGAGGAAGAAAGAAAGGAGAGGAGAGGAGGGGAGGGGAGGGGAGGAGAGGAGAGGAGAGGAGAGGAGAAAAAGAAAAGAAAAGAAAGGAAAGGAAAGGAAAAGAAAAGAAAAGGAAAGGAAAGGAAAGGAAAGGAAAGGAAAGAAAAGAAAAGAAAAGAAAAGAAAAGAAAAGAAAAGAAAAGAAAAGAAAAGAAAAGAAAAGAAAAGAAAAGAAAAGAAAAGAGAAAAAGCAAGCAAGCUCAGAUAGCAACAAUAGUAGGAAAGCAUGAACAUCAGGUAGAGAGGAUUGGAGGAGAAACUGCGGGUCUGAGCAGGAAUGAAGAAUGAAGGUGGAGGCAGGAGAUGAGAUACCAGGAGGGUUUCAGUCUUGCGGACUGAGGAUCGAGGACAACACUCAGUUGCAGACGAAAGGACCAGGAGUUGGGUUCCACGGAGAACUCCGGACUUCUUCUUGGAGGCCUGAGCGGCAGGUGCAGAGGCGGGGCCUCGUGGGGGCGGAUCUAAAGGCGGAGCCACAGGGGCGGGGCCGACGCCUGCGGCAGGCGGGGUUCGCAGCUUCGCUCCCCAGAGAGCAGCCGGGGCUGCGGAGCUGGAGCUGGAGUCACAGCCGGAGCCCGCGGCAGAGUCGGAAUCCGGGGUCGGGCUGGAGCGGGGUCCAUCGACAUGGGAUCCGCAGACUCCAAGCUGAACUUCCGGAAGGCGGUGAUCCAGCUGACCACCAAGACGCAGGGCUCAUCUGUGACUGUUGGGAAAGGUGUAACUCUGGAUACUGGAUCCCCCUGUAGCCCGUGGAAGCCACCGACAAUGCUUUCUGGGACCAGUUCUGGGCAGACACCGCUACCUCGGUGCAGGAUGUCUUUGCGUUGGUGCCGGCAGCAGAGAUCCGGGCUGUGCGAGAGGAGUCACCCUCUAACCUGGCCACGCUGUGCUACAAGGCUGUGGAGAAGCUGGUGCAAGGAGCAGAGGGUGGCUGCCACUCUGAGAAGGAGAAACAGGUCGUCCUGAACUGCAGCCGGCUACUCACCCGAGUGCUGCCUUACAUCUUCGAGGACCCCGACUGGAGGGGCUUCUUCUGGUCCACAGUGCCCGGGGCAGGGCGUGGAGGGGUCUGUGGGCCUGGCCAAGGGGGGGUUGGAGGAUCCUGGCAGGGCCACCUGUUUUUAGGAAGUAUAGGGAUGGGGACUUAGAGGUAGGGUACCACUGAGGGGGAAGGAGCCAGUACCAACUUUUCAGGCCUUCGGUUUCUCUCCCAAGGGGCCUAGAGCAGGGGUGCAGGGAUAGGCCCAUUAUGUCUUUAGAAGGACCACACUAUCUUCUCCCAGGCCCCAUCUACUCAGGGCUUUAUCUUCAGUCAAGUGCCAAGGGUUGAGACCUCAUGAUUCCCAAGAUGUCCAGUACCCCUGGUGGGACAUUUCUCAUUAUGCCCAGUGUUUGCCUCUGCCCUGCCCUCUUCUGGCAAAGGGAGGUUUGGGGUGAGCAGGAAGUCACUUCCUCUUUCCCUCCACUUUGUCUACCUACAUGUGCCCGCUGAGACCCAGUCCCAUAUUCACGACACCCCCAAGCCGUGGGGCCACCUCUCCUUGGCCAGCCCCCCACUGAGCAGCCUGCAUCUUUAGCAGGGUGAGGAAGAGGAUGAGAACGCUCGUCCCUUGGCUGAGUCCUUGCUCCUGGCCAUUGCCGAUUUGCUCUUCUGCCCAGACUUCACUGUGCAGAACCACCGGAGGAACGACGUGGACUCAGCAGAAGAUGUCCAUUCCCUGGACAGCUGUGAAUAUAUCUGGGAGGCUGGUGUGGGCUUUGCUCAUUCCCCACAGCCCAACUACAUCCAUGACAUGAACCGGAUGGAGCUGCUGAAGUUACUGCUCACGUGCUUCUCAGAGGCCAUGUACCUGCCCCCAUCUCCAGAGAGUGGCAGCACCAACCCCUGGGUUCAGUUCUUUUGUUCCACGGAGAACAGACACGCGCUGCCCCUCUUCACUUCACUCCUCAACACCGUGUGUGCCUAUGACCCUGUGGGCUACGGGAUCCCCUACAACCACCUGCUCUUCUCGGACUACCGGGAGCCCCUGGUGGAGGAGGCUGCUCAGGUGCUUAUUGUCACCUUGGACCAUGACAGUGCUACCAGCACCAGCCCCACCGUGGACGGCACCACCACGGGCACAGCUAUGGAUGAUGCUGAUCCUCCAGGGCCCGAGAACCUGUUUGUGAACUACCUGUCCCGAAUUCAUCGUGAGGAGGACUUCCAGUUCAUCCUCAAGGGGAUCGCUCGGCUGCUGUCCAAUCCCCUGCUCCAGACCUACCUUCCCAACUCCACCAAGAAGAUCCAGUUUCACCAGGAGUUGCUUGUUCUCUUCUGGAAACUCUGUGACUUCAACAAGAAAUUCCUCUUCUUUGUACUGAAGAGCAGUGACGUGCUGGAUAUCCUGGUUCCUAUCCUCUAUUUUCUCAACGACGCCCGGGCAGAUCAAUCUCGGGUGGGCUUGAUGCACAUCGGGGUCUUCAUCCUGCUGCUCCUGAGUGGGGAGAGGAACUUUGGGGUACGGCUGAACAAGCCCUACUCAGUGCGCGUGCCCAUGGACAUCCCGGUCUUCACAGGCACACAUGCAGAUUUGCUCAUUGUGGUAUUCCACAAAAUCAUCACCAGCGGUCAUCAGCGGUUGCAACCCCUCUUCGACUGCCUGCUCACCAUUGUGGUCAACGUGUCUCCCUACCUCAAGAGCCUGUCCAUGGUGACUGCCAACAAGCUCCUGCAUCUGCUCGAGGCCUUCUCGACCACCUGGUUCCUCUUCUCGGCAUCUCAGAACCACCAUCUGGUCUUCUUCCUUCUGGAGGUCUUCAACAACAUUAUCCAGUACCAGUUUGAUGGCAAUUCCAACCUGGUCUAUGCCAUCAUCCGUAAACGUGCGGUCUUCCACCAGCUGGCCAACCUGCCCACUGACCCACCCUCCAUCCACAAGGCACUUCAGCGGCGGCGGAGGACACCAGAGCCCCUGUCCCGUACUGGUUCCCAGGAGGGAACGUCCAUGGAGGGAUCCCGCCCUGCUGCCCCUGCAGAACCAGGCACCCUUAAGACUAGCCUGGUGGCCACUCCAGGCAUCGACAAGCUGACAGAGAAAUCCCAGGUAUCAGAGGACGGCACCUUGAGGUCUCUAGAGCCCGAAUCCCAGCAAAGCUCAGCAGAAAACAGCCCAUCUGAUGGGGAGUCCAGCCAAACAUGGAGAGAGCAACGGAGAUUGUCCAAUGCAUCAGCCAGUGGCCAGUGGAGCCCAACAUCAGAUUGGAUCUUGUCCUGGAAGUCAAAGCUGCCGCUGCAGACCAUCAUGCGCCUGCUGCAGGUCCUGGUUCCCCAGGUGGAGAAGAUCUGCAUUGACAAGGGUCUGACGGAUGAGUCUGAGAUCCUGAGAUUCCUGCAGCACGGUACCCUAGUGGGGCUUCUGCCUGUGCCCCACCCCAUCCUUAUCCGAAAGUACCAGGCGAACUCGGGGACUGCCAUGUGGUUCCGUACCUACAUGUGGGGCGUUAUCUAUUUGAGGAAUGUGGACCCACCUAUCUGGUAUGACACUGACGUGAAGCUGUUUGAGAUCCAGCGGGUGUGAGGAUGUCGACUUGAGGGAAUAGGGCCGGAAGAGCUGGUUCUAGUCCCCAGUGCUCCCAAACCCAUUGUUCUGAGCUUAAAGAUCCAUUAUCAGGGUGUGGGGCGAGCAGAGUAGUUGGUCCUGGAUGGCAGGUCCCAGGUGCCCAUUGUGGCUGGAGACACAGGGAUUUAAAAAAAAAAGUGCCCCUCUGCCCUCCAGGCUGUUCUAGGAGCCUCUUGUCUCCUCCAGAGAUACAACCCCAUCAGAACCCCUGCCCACUCUGGCUCCUCCUCCAAGACCUGCCCUUGUGCUGCCUGCUCCCAGAAGCUGUCAGGUCACUGUGCCCUAAUGGGUUGUCUCAAAAAGGAGCCAUGUGCUGCCCCGUGAGGGCACCUGGUCAUGGUAAAGGGAGUUCUGGCUACCUAGUCUGAGACUUCUGUUCCAGGCGUCCCUUUUGCCAGCGCCCUGGUUGGGAAGAGCGACUCAGCCGCUAGUGAAGAAGGCUGGAGGCUGACGCUUGUGAAGCAGGACCGUGGAGUGUGCUUUAGGGGCUUGGAGUAGGGUAUCGAGAGUGCCCUGUUACUGUCCGGGGUCGGGGGAAUCUGCCUGGCUGGUGGAGCCUGAAGGAUGUCGGUGUCCCUGCCUUAUCUGCGGCCUGGGUGGUGGGAGUUACACUCUAUGAGCCCCAGCUCUGGCCUCCCGGUCGCCCUUGCCUCCCCUGUGUCAGUACAAUCUUUGCUCUGUACAAUCGGCCACUUUACACAAUAAAAUGUCCCUCCCAGUGC